AUGACGGACCCCGUUUUGAACGACAUCUCCCACAGGCGCUUCAACCUCCUGCGAGGAAGCUGGAUACUAGUCUCGCCCCACCGCACCAAGCGACCAUGGCAAGGCAUGCAAGAGUCGCCGUCCAAGACAACCCUCCCAGACUAUGACCCAAAGUGUUAUCUAUGCCCUUCAAACACGCGGGCAAAUGGCGAACACAACCCCAAGUUCGACAACACUUUUGUCUUCGUCAACGACUACAGUGCCGUUAUGGAAGAGCAGCAAGAGUACAACCCUGACAACAAGGACGGAUCUCUCGCUUCUAGAUUACUCCGUGCCGAGGCCGUCACUGGAAAGUGCUAUGUCAUUUGCUUUUCUCCGUCUCACAACCUCACUCUUGCCGACAUGUCGCCGGCGGAGAUCGUCCCCAUAAUAGAGACCUGGACGAACAUUUACGUUGCACAUCUGGACCCAAAGUCGCCUCUGGCCAAGCUUGCGUCUGCCACUACUAUACCACCACUAUCACAAGGCACUCUCGCAGUUCCAAAUGCUCAGUAUCGGUAUAUGCAGAUCUUUGAGAACAAAGGCUCGGCCAUGGGCUGCUCAAAUCCCCACCCACACGGCCAGGUCUGGACGACCACAUCCCUACCGGAAGAGCCCGCCUUGGAGCUGGUGCAGUUGAGCAAAUAUCGCAAAGAGAAUGGAGGCGCUCAUAUGCUCGUCGAUUAUGCAGAGCUGGAGUCAACACAAAAGACCCGCACUGUGUAUGAAAACGCGAGUUUCUGGGCUGGUGUACCUUACUGGGCAGUCUGGCCGUUCGAGAUAAUGAUUGUUCCUAAGCAACACAAGCGCUCGCUGGUAGACUUCUCUAAGGAGGAGCGAGCGGAGUUGGCUGAGUGCAUAGCGGAAAUUACGAGGCGCUACGACAACCUGUUCGAGACCCAGUUCCCCUACAGCAUGGGUCUUCAUCAGGCUCCCCUUACUGGCACAGCCGAUGAGAUUGAGUCCAGUCAUUUCCACAUUCACUUCUACCCCCCACUACUGCGAAGCGCCACCGUUCGCAAGUUCCAGGUUGGCUACGAGAUGAUGGCCGAGCCUCAGCGCGACAUCACCCCAGAGCAGGCUGCAGAGCGUCUUAGGGCGUGCGACGGUGAGCUUUACCGCAAGAACCUCGCAUCUUCGCCAGACACCAACGGCGUAAACGGGGACCACUAG